UAAUGCUCUACAUAUUAAUUGACGUUACAUCUAUCACUGUCAAUAGGAGAGCAUGAAACAUCAUUAAUCCAACCCAGGUUGGUGCAAAUUUCCGGUCGGGCCGAAAACGUUAAUAAAAUCGCUUUGUUCGCUUUGUAGAUUCGGCCCUGACCAUUUUAAUGCGAAUAUGACGUGUCCUUUGUUUCUGACAUUUCUCAAUGUUUUUCCAUCGAGUAGUCAUCGGAAGCGAGACUUACUUUACAAAACUGACAUGUGAAAUCAAGCACGAACAAAUGUGCUUCGCUCAUUAUCGAUGAUGGACGCAUAUUAGAGAUGCCGCAGAUUUACAAUCCUUUUCGCCAGGUAGGGGCAUGUUCCUUCCUCACGUAUAAGAUACGCUAAACGAGAAGCUGUCGGUUAAAUCGUAGACCGUCGAAUAAGUACAAAGCUUGAAUCUUGGACCGUCACAACCAAAAUUAAGAGCGAGGCCAGAUAAAAUAAUUGACAAUCACAUAAGCGACGUAUUUUCAUCGCUUUCACAAACACUUCGACAUGCGUGGAAACUCGUUGUGCCUUCUAUUAUUAUUCGUCAUUCUAACAAAAGCCUACUUGAGAUCAUGCAAAUAUUGGUGCAAAAUGGGCAAUCAUCGAUAUUACUGCUGCCCAAAUGGGAAAGGUGAAUCGGAGUCCGAGUCGGAACAUUCACACAGUUGGCAUUCGUUUUUUUUCCCCUGGCUUUGGCUUGGCAUCGCCGCUGAGCCGCACAUUGAACAUCCUUGGCAUGAGUUCAUGACGAAGUGGAAGCCAAAAAAGCAUUGUCCGCCCUUAAGAGCCCACUGUCCCAGGACUUACAAGUGGUACAAGCCGCCUAAACAUUGCGACAGCGAUCAUGAAUGCGACGAAGAGGAAAAGUGUUGUUAUGAUGUAUGCCUGGAACACAAAACGUGCAAAGAUGCGGAAUAGACGCUCCAUCAUAAUAAAAAUAUUUAUUGUUUUUAAUAUAUUAUAUUGUUUAAUUAUU